AUGCUUCCCGGGGCGGGUCCCCUCCUCGCCUUCCUCCUCCGGUGCCUCCUGCUCCUCUUGGCCUCCGAGAGCCGAGCCCGGGCUCGGCCAGACACGUUCUGCGACUUCAACGGCAAGAAGUACAGCCCGGGGGAGAGCUGGCACCCGUACCUGGAGCCCCAGGGGCUGAUGUACUGCAUCCGCUGCAGCUGCUCCGAGAACACCAACAUCAGGUGCUCCCGGAUCCAGUGCCCAGCUCUGCCCUGUGCCAGCCCUGUCACGGACCCCCAGCAGUGCUGCCCACGCUGUCCCGAGCCACACUCCCCGUCCGGCCUCCGUGCGCCCGCCAAGUCCUGCCAGUACAACGGGACCACGUACCAGCAGGGAGAGAUGUUCAGCAGCAGCGAGCUCUUCCCCGGCCGCCAGCCCAACCAGUGUGUGCAGUGCAGCUGCUCCGAAGGCCAGAUUUACUGCGGAUUGGUGACCUGCCCCGAGCUGCUGUGCUCCUCUCCCUUAACCGUGCCGGAUUCCUGCUGCCAGGUCUGCAAAGAUGGCUCCUUUGAGAAGUCCACAGAAGAGGAACCCCUGCAGCUAAACAGAGGUGUUAGACACUCACAAGACCAGUGCUUGGGAGACGUGGUGGGGAGGAAGCCACCUGGAGCCACCAUGUCCACUGUCCUCACUUCUUCCCUGGAGUUAAUUCCCAGGAGCUUUAAACCCAAGGGAACAGGUGGCACCACUGUGAAGAUCGUCUUGAAAGAGAAGCACAAGAAAGCUUGUGUCUACAAUGGGAAGACCUACUCCCAUGGGGAGGUGUGGCACCCUGUGUUCCGGCUCUACGGCCUCCUGCCCUGCAUCCUCUGCACCUGCAGGGACGGCGUCCAGGACUGCCAGAAGAUCACGUGUCCCAAGGAGUAUCCGUGUGAAUAUCCAGAAAAAGUAGAUGGGAAAUGCUGUAAAAUAUGUCCAGAAGCCAGGGUCAAUCCCACGGAUGAGAUCGCCACGCCCCGGUGUGGCCGGAGCCCCGGCCGUGUCCUGGUGUACACGUUUGUGCCGCCGCGCUCCGAGGUCUCCAAGGAUGUCCUCAGGACCAUGGCAGUCGAGAAGGAGCUGGCGGAAGAGGUGGAAAUCUACAACUGGAAGCUGAUUAAAGGAAUAUUCCACCUGAUCCAGACCAAGAAGAUCAGCAAACAAGAAUUCAAGCAAGAAGCACAAAACUUCAGGCUGAUCACUAGGACAAACGAAGGUCACUGGAACAUCUUCCGAGCCCAGACAUCGGAGCUGAGGAUGACAGAAAGCCCAGAGAAGGAAACUAAGAACUCGUAA